AAUUCAUCAUGUUAAGUAUUGCCAUGUUUUUCACUGUCGUUCUUCCAUCAACAAGUAUUCUCUUAUACAGUGGCGUUGUGCUGAAAGUUGUCAUCAUUAUUGUGAUGAUAUUGAUCAGGGUGGCACAGGGCUGUUGCUUUACUGGACAGUUUAUCAUGCUCAAUAAUUGUGUUACGUCAGAUCUCAGAGCAACUGCGCAUGGUUUAGCAAUGACUGCUGUCUGUGCUGCCAGGGCAAUAUCUCCCACAGUUUCAGGCAGUAUGUUUUCGUGGUCAAUAACAUCUGGUCUCAACUUUCCGUUCAAUGAGAAAUUUGUAUUCAUUUUCCUUGGGUUCAUUUUUUAUCUAACGAUAAUCAUCCUUUGUUGUGUUGACGAAUCAGCAGUAAGUAAACACUGUGAGUGAUAAAACCAUGAUUUCGAAUAUAUUGCUGACUGGCACUUAAUCCAUCCGUGCAUUGUGUGAAUGGUAGAAGUGUUGAACCAAGAAAUCUAAUUAUUUCAUGUACUUAACUUUGUUAAUGCUUCGUUUCUUACACACGAAUAGUUGACUUCACUGCUGAAGAGUAAAAUUUAUUGUCAUUCACUGGCAAAAUCAAUACCCCCCAACCCCUCAUGGAAAAUGCUUCUAUUAUAAAUAAAUGAUAUAUUGUAGAUUUUAUCGGCUAGACAUAAACAAUAACACCCAUCAUAUAUCGAAA